CAUCCGUAUUGCCGGUGGAAGCCAUUUAACUGAACAGUCCACGUGACCAAAUCAUGUGACGUCCCGCACGCCUCCAUUGGUUUGGCUAGUCGCCUUCGUCACGUCUGCACCGUCAACAACGACGUUUCCACCGGCUGUGGACAAGUGUAAACUAACUGUGACAGUCCCUUUCGUUUCUAAAGAUGGAUAAUUUGCAAACUGGGGAUCCGCGGUAUCUUAAAAGGAAAGUGAAGGGAUGUACUCUCGAUGUCCACCCAACAGAAAAAGCCAUUGUGGUCCAGUAUGAAGUGGAAGCAAUGAUACUUGGAGAGCAGGGGGAUGCCAUGAUCGGAGGUCACAAAGAGUGCCAGAAAAUCAUUCGUCUGAAGAGCUUGAAUUCCAACACGGACACAUCAUCGCUGGCUCGCAAAGUUGUGGAAGAAUGUCAUCUGAUUCAUCCCUCAAAACUUAAUGAGGUUGAACAACUGCUAUUCUACCUCCAAAACCGCAGACAGCCAAAUGAUGACCAAGAAAAAAACCACACCUCACCUCGAGAUUUUGCUCCUUAUGCUGGUGUAGAGCUCAAUGAAGAGGCAUGCAUUAACAACAUUGAUGAGUAUUUGGAGCUGCUGUAUGAAGACAUUCAGGAGAAGAUCAGGGGAGCCACACUGAUCUUUCAACUGGCCCGUAACCCAGACAACUUGGAGGAACUCAAACAAAAUGAAAUGGCUCUAGCUGCAUUGGCUAGAGUUCUGAGGGAAGACUGGAAGCUGAGCGUGGACCUUGCAACAACCAUAAUUUGCAUCUUUUUUUGCUUCUCAAGUUUUUCACAGUUUCAUGGACUAGUUACACAUUUCAAGAUCGGAGCCCUCUGUAUGAACAUCAUUGAACAUGAGCUCAAGAGGUAUGACCUUUGGCAGGAUGAGCUCCAAAGGAAGAGGAAGGCCUAUGAAGAAUUCUCAGAGAACCAAAAUCUGAAGAAGGAGCAUGAGAAGUCCCUUAAAAAGUAUCAAAGCCUUCUGACGAAACAGGAGCAGCUUCUCAGAGUUUCUCUGUGUCUGUUGUUAAACCUGGCUGAAGACACUCACACGGAACUAAAGAUGAGGAACAAAAACAUAGUCAACAUGCUUGUGAAGAUUCUGGACAGAAAGGAUGAGGAGCUACUUUUGGUGGUUGUGUCUUUCCUCAAGAAACUUUCCAUCUUCUUGGAGAACAAAAAUGACAUGGCUGAAGUAUUGGCAGUGGAGAAGCUGGCCCUGCUGGUGCCAUGUGAGCAUGAAGACCUACUAAGCACUACAUUACGCCUAUUGCUCAACCUUUCAUUUGAUACUGCUCUGCGCAGCCAAAUGGUCCAGGCUGGACUUAUUGCUAAACUGUCUUCACUCCUUGCGGAUGAUGGCCAGAGACAGCUCAGCAUGUGCAUUCUAUACCACAUCAGCAUGGAGGACAGAUUCAAGCCCAUGUUUGCUAAUACAAACUGUAUCCCUCAGCUAAUGAAGAUGAUUUAUGACUUUGGUGACCUCAAGAUGGAUUUUGAACUCAUUUCGUUGUGCAUCAACUUGGCUGCCAAUAAGACGAAUGCCCAAGUCAUGUGUGAAGGUAAUGGUUUAAAGAUGCUGAUGAAACGGUCAGUGAAACUGAAAGAUGUUCUGGUGAUGAAGAUGAUCAGGAAUAUUUCCCAGCACAAUGGUCCUACCAAAAGCCUUUUCUUGGAUCAUGUUGGAGACUUGGCGGCUCAGAUCAGCCUGGAAAAAGCUGAAGAAUACAUGAUUGAGUGUCUCGGAACACUUGCAAAUCUGACCAUUCCUGACUUGGACUGGGCAUUGGUUCUUAAAGAGUACAACUUGGUGCCCUACUUGAAAGACCGACUUAAACCAGGGGCUGCUGAGGAUGAUUUGAUUCUGGAGGUGGUCAUCUUAAUUGGCACUGUGUCCAUGGAUGACUCUUGUGCAGCCAUGCUCGCCAAGUCCGGCAUCAUUCCUGCUCUCAUAGAACUCCUCAAUGCCAAACAGGAGGAUGAUGAGUUUGUCUGUCAAAUUGUCUACGUUUUUUAUCAAAUGGUCUUCCACAAAGCUACAAGAGACGUCAUCAUCAAAGACACACAGGCUCCAACUUACCUCAUCGACCUGAUGCAUGAUAGCAAUGCAGAGAUCCGUAAAGUUUGUGACAACACAUUGGAUAUCAUCACUGAGUACGAUGAAGAGUGGGGGAAGAGAAUACAGAAUGAAAAGUUCCGUUGGUACAAUUGCCAGUGGCUUGAAAUGGUGGAGAACCGCCAAAUGGAUGAGACAGGAGAGUCCUUACUCUAUGGGGAGGAUGGUGACUCCUUCAUUGAAAACAGAGACAUUCUAGAAAGACCUGAUCUUUUAUAUAGUGCAGAUGGGAUCAUCUCAACGGAUGGUGCGAUCAGUCCAGAGUUCUUCGCUAAUUUUAAGAAUGGAGAGUUGGGCCAAUCAUAUCUGGGAAGCGUGCCAGACGAGUUUGCCACCUCAGCUCACGGGCCGACUGAUCGUCCAGUCAGCGCUUACGGCUUUCGACCAGAUGAACAGCUUUUUAACUACACUGGCUCCUCCCACUUGACAUGGAAUCUUGUCAACACAAAUACGGAUCCAGCGAUUUAGAUGGUUUUACAAGUCUCUAAAAGGUGGAAAUAUCUGAACUGUAAGUAAAACAAAAACCAAAAGACUGCUUUGGCGGCCUUAUUUUCAUUGAAUAACCAGGGGAAUAGCUUGUACACACAAGAUGCUCACGUAAAUACAAAUAUUCUCUGAAAUUACUGUGUGAGUGCAGCUUCAGUAUUUUUUUUUUUAUUUAAAUGUCUAUUUUGAUGUUUAUGUGAAUGUAAUUUAUGUAACUAUUCCAUUUUUUUUGUCCAAUGAACAUUAAAAAACUCACUGCUUUUUGUUGAUGGAAAUAUACCGUCAUUUUCAGACUAUAAGCCACACCAAGAAAAUGAUAUUUGUUGAUAUGUAAGACGCACUGGACUAAACUGCAUGUAUCAACAUAUUAUGGGAUAUCUACACCAAAAGACAUGCAGCUUAUCAUUCUGUAAAAAUAAAAAUAACACUGUAAGGGUUCAAAGUGGGGGAGAGAGUAGUGGUUUAUAGUCCAAAAAUACGGUCCUUUUAAUUAGCCUGUAAUUGUUGUGUCACUUAUCGAUUUGCAUGCAAAUUGCUUUUCAAGGAUAUUUAGUAAGUGUUUAGUAAAGGAUAUUUAUAAUCAUA